AUGUUUCUAACUUGUUGUCCUAAUGUUUACUCAAUGGUGCUUAAAACCUAAAUCAAUUUCAUAGACAAUGAAAUUCUUUUAUCACUUGAUUUAUAAGCUCCAUUUAAAGCAAUUUUAAAGAAGGACUUCUUACAUAUUUAUCAAGAUAAUGAACCUAAAUUUUCACUACCAAUUUCAUUUCCAAAUAUCAUUCAUUGGGUUUAUAAUAAAAGUUUAAUUGGAUUCAGAAUUAACAAUAAUACUUAUCUUACAGAUUAAGCUUACAAAUUAAAAGAAUUAUUAAGUGGAAAAUUAUUCUUUUCAAAAAUCUAAGACUUUUAUGCUCCUUUAUAAAUUUUAGGAUAAGGUAGCUCUGCUAAAGUCCUUUUAGUGAAAUCAAAAAUAGGUGAUUAAUAUUUUGCUGCAAAAUGUGUAGAAAAAAAUGAAUUAAUGUAUUAAGAAAUCGAGAUCAAUAAUUAAUUAGAUCAUCCAGCAUUUGUUAAAAUCAAAGAAGUUUUUUAAGGUGAAACAAGUUAUUAUAUUAUUAUGGAUCUAUUAUCAGGAAAAAAUUUGUAAUAAUUGAUUAAAAAUCAACAUGGUGGUCUGACAUUAGAAUAAUGUUAAAAAAUAAUGCAUGUAAAUUAAUAGUUAAAUAGGCUUUAUUAAGUGGAAUUGAAUAUAUGCAUUCAAAAGGUAUUAUACAUAGAGACAUUAAACCUGAGAAUAUUGUUUUAUAAAAAACAAACAAUCUUACAACUCUAAAACUAGUAGAUUUUGGACUUGCUACUUAUUCUAAUUUAAAAAAGUAUUAUAUUUUAAGAAUUAAAAGAUUUAAAUAUCCAAAAUGUGGAACUCCUGGUUAUGUUGCUCCUGAAAUAGCUAAUUUAACUGAUAAAGAUACAGUAUAUGGUCCUGCAUGUGAUAUAUUUAGUGCAGGAUCUGUUUUCUUUAAAUUACUUACAGGAAGGGAUUUAUUUCCAGGAACAGGAUUCAAUUUUGUUUUAUAAUUAAAUAAAAAAUGUCAUAUUGACUUUUCUCCAUUAACUUUAAAAAAAAUACCUAUUAAUGUGAUAGUAAAUUAUAAUAAAUAUUGAGGGAACUUGUACAAA